AUGGAUACAUCCUUUAGUAAGUCGGAUUUCCCUCCUCUAGGCCCGGCUUCUGAAGGUCUUCCGUCUUCUCUCCCGAGGAACUGGAGCAAGAUCUUCGCUCCAAACAAUAACUCCCCAAAAUCUCUUGAGUUCUCACAUCAUCCAUCUGAGCCAGACAUAAUACCUUUUUCGAGUGAAAAGUUGUGCAAGGGAGGUGAAGAAUGGGAUCUUUGCCUGGUCGGGUACUCGAUCGGGCGUAGACCAUUUUAUGAGGCUCUGCUGGGGGCCAUGAACAAGACCUGGAGUUUAAAAGGUACAUUUAAGUUGCUCUCUCUCAAUGAUGGCUUUUUCCUUCUUAGGUUUACUUGUCAAGAAGAUUUUGAUACGGUAUGGUCGAGAGGAGUCUGGUUCCUGCUGGGUAAGCCUUUUGUGCUUCAAAAAUGGCAUCCCAAGUUCAUUCCGAAGAAGGAAGAAUUUUCGUCUGUCCCGAUCUGGGUGAAGAUACACGAUCUACCCCUUGCAUGUUGGAAUUCAGAGGGUAUAUCUCGAAUAGCUAGUAAAAUUGGUGUUCCGGUGGCGGCAGAUAAGCUAACUGAGCAAAAGUCCAGGCUAACGUACGCUCGAAUCUGUGUGCUAGUUGACAACAAAGCCACAUAUCCGGAAGAGAUUCAAGUAUCUUUAGACGGUGACGUGGUAAGCUUAAAAGUUCAGUAUGAAUGGCACCCGCUCCCCUGCGAAUACUGUAAGUCUUUAAUGCAUUUUUCUGCAUCUUGUAUUGAAAAGCCUAAGACUGAUUCAGAUGAUAUGGAGAAAAAUAAAACUGCUAAUCGGGGUAGAAGCCAAAGUAGGAAUGCUCGGAGCAGAAACAAGUCUAGGAGUCAGAAUCUCUCUAGACCUCUGCCCACUAAUGUGGUGCAACAAGUCCUGCUCAGUAAAGCUGCGCAAUCCUAUAGCCAAAAUAACGUCAAUAAUUCUAAUGCAAUAGGCCACCCUUUGCAUUAUCAGCCGCACUCCCCAACUUCCCAGAACUCCCAUAUCAUCUUAGACAAUUUGGGAGGAGAAAAGCCUUCUUCGGAUUUGCCAAUUAAUGAGAAUGUUAUUGUCUCAGGUAUCCCUAACCUGAAUUUUCCCAAUGAGGCUUUCUCUUCUUCGUCUACUUCCCUGAACACAAAAUCCCCCGCCAAGACAAAAGAUAUCAUAUCUCCAAAUAAGUUUGAAGUCCUCAAUAUUGAGGAAGUUAAUUCUCAUCACUCGGAAGAUUUAGGGGGUGUGGAUGGAAUCUUAGACUCAUCAAUUAGUGGAAAAAGCAUUAUGCUGGAGAAAAAUAAGCAGACUCAAUCGAGUGCUGCUACAAAAAAACCUGCAAGGGGGAAGCAGAACAAAAAACCCCAGUCUCAUCCAAACUCUUAA